AUGGACUCCCUUCCCACAGAGCUUCUGAGCAUAAUCCUUCAUCAUCUCAAUGACAAAAUUUGCCGCCUCAAUGAGGGAGCACAAGCACUAAAUGCGGGCAAGAAGCUACCGGAGAAAUGGCAGCCCGAAGGCCUCGCAAGGUAUACAGCUGUUUCACGCAGAUGGCAAGCGAUUCUUGAACCGAUGAUAUGGAAGAUGAUUGUCCUACUCGAACCAGACAGUCUGACAAGGCUGGAGAAGUACACCUCUGGCAAGCCACAUCGGAUGGCGAGAGUUAAAUGGGUAAGACAAAUUCUCUGGGAGCCAUAUAUUAGUUUUGAGCUCGCAGAGCGGAUCCGCGAAGCGAUGAAAAAUCAUCCCAUGGCGCUAGCUUGUGUUUUGGCAUACCAGUAUUACAGUUUAUACCGUCAGGCAUUCGCAGAUAUCUUCCGCGUCUUAAGCCGAUGGGAGUCAAUUUGCGACGAAUCGAUGAUUGAGCUGUCUCUUAUUGUGGAUCACUUAGUAUCUCUGGAGCUAUCCAUCCGAGAAUGGAAUUGGGAUUAUGAGGAUGCCACUGUUGAGGACCUCUGGCGGAUGGACUUGAUAGUCCACCUAGUGCAUCUCACGAAACAAGAUGCUUCAGCAUAUCCUAUACUACACAAUGUCAGGUCACUCAGUCUUGGGACUGCCAUGACCAACAUGCGACCUUCGGCGUUCUUUCAGCUUCUAAGCCGGUUGACAAAUGUUCGCUGUGUUUCAGCUGGAGAAAGUUUCUUCAUAGAACCAUUGGAACUCCGUGCCCUCCGCGAGGAAAGACAACUACUUGUCCAUUGUCUUCCCCUAGUCCCGCCUUCAGUCGAGGAGUUCGAGUACGAGAUUGCACCGCAACGAGAAAUGUCGUGGACGCCAGUUGAGGAUGCAGCCAAUUAUCUGUCGGCCAGAGGGCUGGAUGAGCUCUCCAUUGCCUUUCGAACACUCUCCAUGCGACUGAGAUUCCUUCAUCUGACAAAUGUACGGGUCAACAGUGAACUAUUUUGGGCAUCGCCUGAGGAAGAAGGAGUCAUCAUUGAUACACUCCACUGGCCGGUGCUUGAGGUCAUUACAAUAUUGUACACGCCCCCAUAUACAGCAGACGGGAAAUGGAUUCUGGAUGUUGAUCCCGAAAAAGAGCAAUUGAUGGAAAUGGAAGAUUUUGACGAUGGAUGGGAUUAUGAUGAAUUGGGAUUUGACGCACGGGGACUGGUUAGAAGUGACGAAGUAGACAAGCUCUACUCGGCAAUUGGCAAGGCUGCACAGAGAAUGCCACAGCUGAGAUAUCUUGAGUUCAGUCUUCGUGGUGAAAACGAAGACUGGGAAUGCUUGAUGUUCUCUCGGAACCUGGAGACCCGAGAGGCUCAUUUGAAAAUCAGCACCGAGUGGGAGUAUGAUCUCGGAGAGGAGGUCAUCACAGCCUGGGGCAUAGAGGGUGAAAAAGCCGAGGAAUUCCGGAGAAAGUGGUCGAUCGAAUUUGACCACUGGCCUCCUGCAGACACUGGCAUUCGGGGGAAGGAGAUCUCGGCACGUCCUAUGUGA